AUGCAACCUACGGCACGCCAGCACUCCUCGGGGUCACUCGAGCAGUUCAACCCGGUGAUGGUGACUCCAGUUAUCGGAAAUGAAUUUACCAAAGGAACAUGCAAUAUUGUCGACGACAUUCUGCGCACCCCGGACGCCGAGAAGCGUAUUCGCGACCUGGCAAUCAUGAUCGCCGAAAGGGGUGUCGUGUUCUUCCGCGCUCAAGACAACCUCACGAACGACCUCCAAAAGGAACUCAUCCUCCGCAUGGGUGAGCUAACAGGCCGUCCCUCCACACACGGCCUUCAUAUCCACCCCGUGACAAACGAUGCCCGCGAAUUUGGCGACCCUGAUCCGGCUAUUAGCACUAUCGACUCGGAGGGACGCAAGAAGCUAUACAAGGGGUCCAACUACACGAAGAUGGCAGCUGUCUGGCAUAGUGAUAUUUCUUUCGAGCCAGCUCCCGCGGACUAUUCGUCGUUGCGGUUGACACAGCUCCCUAAGACUGGAGGCGAUACUCUUUGGGCCUCUGGAUACGAGGUUUAUGACCGAAUUAGCAAGCCGUAUCAGAAGUUCCUGGAGACUCUGACUGCAACCCAUGAUGGUGAUGGAUUCCGGAAAAUGGCCCAGUCCGGCAAGUUCCAGCUGUAUGACAAGGAGAGAGGGUCGCCCAAGAAUAUCGGUGGAGACCUUUAUGCGAUUCAUCCGGUUGUUCGAACCAACCCGAUUACUGGAUGGAAAUCGAUUUUCCCUAUUGGCUCGUUUCCUACUCAAAUUAACGGCCUGAAUCGCCGAGAGAGCGCAAACAUGCUCGCUUGGUUCCACGAUCUCAUUACAUACGGACAUGAUCUCCAGGUCCGCCUCAAGUGGAACAGCCCGAACGAUAUCGCUAUUUGGGACAACCGCAGUGUUUUCCACACCGCGACCGGAGAUCAUGAUGGGUUCGGCCCACGCAGUGGUAACCGAGCCGUGGGUGUUGGUGAGGUGCCAUACUUUGAUCCUGCGAGCAAGUCCCGUCGGGAAGACUUGGGCAUCGUGGACGACCUGGCCCCCUGCCAUCUGUAG